UCCACAUUGGUGCUGUUGGUAGUUCUAAUUGUUGCAGAAGUCAGUGUUGCAACAGGAAAUUAGGCGGUGGCCAGACUUCGUUGGCUCCAUGAAGUUGCAUCUGUCACCUUGCAUAGCACAGUCUGCCUGUGAAGAAAACUGGAUGCCUGCUGUGUAGGGAGGGAAAACACAUCAGGACAAUGCACCCAGGAAUGAGGACUCCUUCCAAGAGUCUCACAAGUGCCUGCUGCGUCCAACUCAGUGGCAAAGGUGGAGUGUCUAACCAGAAAUAGUUUAUGCGCUCAUUUCCUCUCUCUGCUCUUAGGGUUAGAUCUAACAUUUAGGCCAACAAGACACGUGGGCCAAGAAAGAGAUGACAGAGUGCUUACCGUCAAAAGAACAUGGAGGGUAGCCCCGGUGCAGGGUGGCAGAUGCCCAAUCCUUUGAUGCAGCCAAAGACGGGUAUCUUGUUUUGGUAAACGGUACAUCGAAGGGCUUCAGCUGCAGGAAAAAGGAGGAAAAACCCACAUGGAGCCAGACAGGAAUCGGGGGUGAAGGCCACAGAAUUCCCCAUGCACCUGCCAUGGAGAGAGUGCCAUGUAACGACAAAGACAGCUCCACAAAGUGUGUUGGAUGCAGAUGGAGCCAAAGAAGAGGCCUGUGGAGAAGCAAGCCAGGCGAAAGAGUCAGCUUGUGAUCAAGGAACUCACCUGGGACACAGCAGAGCAGGGCAGAGAAGCCCAGAGCCAAGAGCUUGUUCAUCUUCAUCUUCGUCACCGUAAAGCUGCAGUCGUGUGGGGAUGGGCCCUGAUUGGCUGCUGCCCGGCCUCCACCAGUGGUAAUAUAACUCCGGCUGGUGUGUGAGGAGUGCCAUACUCUGCACACUGCCCUGCACCCCUGCCUGGGCUCUCGCUCGCCCAGCACACCGUGCCGCUUCCGCCUCCGCUUGAAGGAGAGAAAACAAAGGAUGAACAAGAUGCUGGUUCCUGUUUUCACAGCCCUGCUGUACUUUGCAACGGCGGGCGCCCUCCUGUGCCACGUGUGUGUCAGACGGCAGCCGAACAAGACGUGUCUUGCAGGGAAAAGCAUGUGCAAGGCAGGUCCGGGGGAAUCCUGCUACCUCCAGACACUCCUCCUCGGGAACUUCCCCCUCUAUUCACAGCAGGGCUGCUUCAGAGAUUGCCACGACCAAGUCGGAGGCACGUUCAUCCAUCACGUCUUCCACUGCUGCACUGAAGACUUCUGCAAUGCCUAGGGGCCAUGGACACCACCUCACUUCCCACUCACUGGGGGGGCAGCUGCACUUCUGGGAGAAGUCCACUUUCUUCCCUCCUGGUUUCUUUCCUGGUUUCCCCAGUCUGAUUAAAACCCCACCAGAAUCCAAGACCUGCUGUGGCCCGUGUCUGCCCUCUCCUGUCCUCUGACCCCUCCCACUCCCAUGGCCCCCUCCCCUUUGACCCCUCUCCUGCCUGCCCCGCCCUGCCCGGUGUCUCGCUGGCCCAGGCCCAGCACUAUGACUCCCUUGGAUCUUGGAUUUGCUGUGGUGCCGUGGGUUAAGGUGA